CAUCCCUUAUCCAUCUUCUUUUGAUAAGCCGAUUCAAUUAACUACAGGAGAUGAUUUUAAAAUGAUAUUUAUCAUUAAUGACAAGCAAACACAAAAAGGAGUCCAACCACAUCAAGCUUUUUUGACAUUAACUUCUGAAAAAAGUGGCAAUCAAAUACCCAUUAUUGUACGAGUAAGGGAAAACGGAAAGUCAAAGGAUAUGAAAUCGGCUCCUAAUGAACUUCUUUCAUCGCCCGGAAAUUAUUCUCUUGACUUAAUAAUCGGAACUUUUUCUCAUAAUGAUCCACUUAAAUAUCACAUUGGUACUCUUGAUGUCGAUGUACCUGUAAUCUCGUCUGAACCUUCCACAGUUGUUUAUGGACCGAAGCCAGAAAUUAACCAUAUUUUCAGACCUGACGAGAAAUUACCACCAAUUUGGCUUUCAUAUACACCUGGAUCUACUUUAAUGUCUUUACUUUUUUUGAGUUCAAUAUUAGCCAUUGAAGUUUUAUUUUAUAAUUAUUGGACGCAUUUAAAUAUUUUUCAAACUUUGUCAUGGCUGACUGGGCUAAGUAUUGUAGCAUUUAUUACUGGACAAAAGGCUCUUAGCGAUGUUCAAAAAUGGAGAUUGUUAGGGUUAAGAUAG